UUCCGGCACUAUAAAAACACAUUUAUUUUGCUUCUCCUUUCUCUUCUCUUUUCUCUUGUGCAACAGAAAAGAUAUAGAAACGGACAAAACAAAAAUAUUUUUAAGGGGGAGAGCCCUUCUUCUUCCAUUUUUCUCUUUCAUCUUCUGUUCUGUCAUUCAUUUAUAAAAUAUCUCAGUCCAGUCAAAACGGACAUUUUGUCUCGCCCAGAGGGCAAUAGUAAAAAGGGAAAGCUCUUUGUGUAAAAGGCUUCUGAAAGGCAAAUGACGGCACAGCUGGACAAUCCUUCCUUUCCCCAAACAUUCUUUUUUGGCCAUUUUAAUCGAUUCCCUAUUUAAGAGAGAAUCUCUAUAUUUUUUCUGUUCCGGCUUCUUAUUUAUUGCAAAAAUAUUUUUCCUUCUUCAAAUAUAAAUCUUUAACUAAAAACAACGAGAAUAUUUGUGUAUUGCAGCAAUUUGGACGUUUUUUGUGACCAAAUAUGGGCAAAAAAUGUCAAAUUUGCAAAAAGAAAUGCUCUGGAGACAUUGUUCGUGCUGACGGAGAGAAAUAUUUUCAUAUAAAUUGUUUCGCGUGCAAAACUUGUGGUCGUUCUCUUUCUGAGGCGGGGUUUUAUGUAAACCCGGAUGGCUCUUAUGUAUGUCCAGAACAUGUCCAACAACCGCAAAGGCCUCCAUCCGCCGACAACGCCCAGCAAACACCAAAAAAGUCAAAGAAAGGUUUGGGGCUAUUCAAAAGAGGAUCUUCCAGAGAUUCGAAGGAUUAUUCUCGGCCACUCAGUGUAGAUUCUAAUAUAGCAACACUUUCAAGAAAUUCAAUGAUUGCUACGUCACAAGGGUCUCCUGUAGCUGCCGCAAGUUUGUUUUUUUUCUCUAAUUUUAAAUCUGGGAGGUUUUCUUAGGUUUCUGGGAUUUUCCUUAGUAAUUCCAAUAGGUAAAAUUCUAAGGAAAUAACCUAUAGGAAAGCUUUUUAGCUUUAUUU